AUGCUGCCCCCUGCGGAACCUUCACCAGACGUGGAAAUGUUUUCCACGCCGCCGAUAACACCGACCGUGGCAGAGCUCGAGAUUCGCCCGUCCAUCUCUCGCCGUUCGAGCAGACCAUCCAAUCUGCAGCUGCAGCCGUGCUCGCCCAACCCCAUCGUGCUCGACCAGCAGCAUUCUCCAUAUCGACAUCGCUCGAAACCUCACACCGUGCCAUCCGAGACGACCAGCGAUAGUACGAACGGCAUGCCGCCCCCGAUGGCCCACGACCCGACAGUGACCGCCCAGUCACAGUCUGGCCCUCUGCAUCAUGCCCAUUCUCACUCGCAUUCGCAUUCCCAGUCCAUCUCUCCAUAUUUCGUACACUCUCAGCUCCAAGGUGCUUCCUUCAAAGACUGGCUCAGCGCAAAACAAUCCAAGGCCAUCCAGGACGCACGCAUGGUGCACGCACACCAACACGCCUACUCGGACGGCACCAUCUCCGAGCCGUACUCGGACGACGACGCCGAGUACGGAGGCAGCCUCACCGCCCAGCUCGCGGAGACCGCCGUCGGUGUCCGUGAGAUGAGCAAGCAGCUCGGUCGUACCCACGUCCACUCGCACAUACAGACCAUCCUCAUCGUCACCAAGGCCCGCGACAACAGGCUUAUCCAGCUCACCCGCGAGCUCGCCCUCUACCUCAUGCUCAAGCCCCGUAACGGUGGUCGCGGAAUGGUCGUAUACGUCGAUGCGCAGUUGCGGACCUCGCGAAGAUUUGAUGCAGUCAGGAUCGAGCGCGAACACCCGGAGCUUUUCGUGCCGUUUCCCCGUCGGCGAUCGUCCAGUAGCUCCUCGCUCGCGUCCACAGUGUCGAAGGAAGAGAUGAACGGGGUCGCAGAGGGUCAGUUGCGAUAUUGGACUGCGGACAUGUGCAGCCGCACGCCACACCUCUUCGACUUCGUCGUCACUCUGGGCGGAGAUGGGACGGUGCUUUUCACGUCGUGGCUGUUCCAGCGGAUUGUUCCACCUGUGCUACCAUUCGCGCUCGGCUCAUUGGGAUUCCUCACCAACUUCGACUUCGCGGACCAUCCGUCGGUAAUGGACAGCGCGAUCGACAACGGGAUACGCGUGAAUCUGCGGAUGCGCUUCACGUGCACCGUGUAUCGUGCAGUCGCACCAGAGCCGGGCAAGUGGAGUCGGUGCGCAGUCAAGAAGGGCAAUACGGGUGAAAUUAUCAUGAAGAACCUCGAGCAGGGUGGAUGGGAAGCAUUGGAGGGUGGGUGUCCUCCGCAUGAUGGCAAGUACGGCUGCUCCAAGGACAAGGAAAUCAUGUGCUUCUCGACACGUCCUGUGGAGAGCUUUGAGGUGCUCAAUGAUCUGGUCGUCGAUAGGGGUCCAAGUCCAUACGUUAGUCUACUCGAGCUGUUCGGUGAUGAGCACCACCUGACGACCGUGCAAGCUGACGGGCUGACAAUCUCGACACCCACCGGUUCCACGGCGUACUCACUUUCUGCCGGCGGGUCGUUGGUGCACCCCGAGAUCCCUGCUAUUCUGAUCACUCCCAUAUGUCCACACACACUCUCAUUCCGUCCACUGCUAUUGCCAGAUAGCAUGGAGCUGCGUAUAUGCGUUCCAUUCAACUCCAGGAGCACUGCGUGGGCAUCGUUUGAUGGGCGGGGACGCGUCGAACUUAAGCAGGGAGACCACAUCAAGGUCACCGCGUCCAAGUACCCAUUCCCGACUGUAUGUGCGGACACACAAUCUGUCGACUGGUUUAACUCAAUAUCGAGUACGCUCAAGUGGAACGAACGCGAACGGCAGAAGUCGUUUGUCGUGGUUGAAGAAGGGCCCUCGCGGAAACAGUACAAGCAUUCCAAGUUGACCUCACCCAAGGGUGAGGUCCCCCUGGCGAGUCAGGCUCAGGAUGAGCCCGCGUCCGCAGCUCAACGGCCGGAGACAGGCUUUGUCCCAGUGGGUGAUGCGGAGGGUCGAGUGGAGGAAGAUGAGGAAGACGAAGUAUCUUCAGACGAAGAGAAGUACGACAUUGACGACCUCUCCUCGAACGAAUCGCCAAGCUCGAGUACCAAGGACGUGGAGGUAACGACCGAGUCCGCGAAGUUGAGCCCGACGCAGGCGGAGACGGGCAAGGAAAAGGUCUUCGAGGAGGAGGCCACACGCAGAGAUCAGGCGAAGGCCGAGCACGCCGCGCGGCUGCUCAGCAUCGGCAGCCCCUAUAUGCAGAAGUACACCCGCCGUUCGCGCUCGCGUACACGCUCCGGCGUGCAGACACCAGACAGGUUCGCUGGACCUCACCCACAUCCUCCGAAGCUCUCUCCUCGGCACGUCCAGUUCGCCUCCCCAUCGAUAUCGUCGUCUACGUCGUCUCUCGUGUCGCACGUGGAGCCCCCGGGCCCUUCCGAGGAUCACCAUGCGCCCCCACGGAAGAUACAAUCCCGCAGCCGCACGCCGCGCACGAGAGAGACAGAUCGCGAGACUGUGAAUACUCCUACACCUGCGGCAGCACCGUGGGGGAGACGGUCGGGAUCGCGCAGUAGGUCUGGCGAACGCGCCAAUGGCGAUGGCGGGCCUCAUCGCAGAGCAUUCUGUGUGUGGGGCCAGGACGAGAGCGACAGUGCGACGAGCGAUAGCGAUGUGGAGACAUAG